AUGCCUGCACUCGAUCGUUCAGCGGGGCGAAACGUCCACAUCUACGACUUGAACGAUCCUACCACCGAAAUUGGCGGCCUACUCCUCCUACCCGGUAUCACAAAUGCCAACUUCUAUACAAUGAUAGAGAUUAUUGUUGUAUUCGAGAGCCCUUCAAGUUUCUUUCUACGAACCGAGAACGAAACGAAGGUUAAGAAAGACGGCCAUCCCCUUCAACCUGGAAAGUAUUACAUUGUUAUUACCAGUUCUUUUCAGCUCAACAAUGAGCCAUGGCUCGUCCGGACAAUUAGUCCAGCUACCGGAAGUCGUGUUACCGCCUUCACCGAGGCCAUUCGUUCACGAGAUCGUCAAUGUAUUAUAUCCGGAGAACCUGUACCUACCUUUAAUGGAAUCACCUUCUGGGAGAAAUUCGAAGCUGCGCAUAUUUUCCCCCUCGCCUAUGAAGGUCACUGGAACGAUCGAAAUUACAGUCGAUGGAUUACAAUUCAACCGGAACAAGGAGGAUCUAUCAACUCAGUACAGAAUGGAUUGUUGCUAGAACGCGGUAUCCAUAGUCUAUUCGACGCAUAUCUCAUCGCAAUCAAUCCGGAUGACAACUACAAGGUUGUAGCCUUUGGCCCUGCAGGGGGAAAUAUUGAAGGCAAGCAUCUUGAUCGGGAGUUAUUUGCUCGCCCUGAUGGGCCUCUUGAUCCGCUUCUACGAUGGCACUUCAGGCAGGCUGUCCUGGCGAAUAUGAGGGGUGCUGGAGAGCCGCGCUUCGAACAUGACCUCCCUCCUGGUUCUGAUAUUGUUGGUGAAAUACUUCGGGGUCCAAAGGCAGGUGAAAGAAUGGAAUUUGAGCUGUUCAGCCGUCUCGGUGCUCAAAUGGAGUUGUUUCCGUCGGCAGAGGAAGGAGAGGGGGAAGAAGAGGAGGAUCACCAAUGCAAUGCAUAA